CUCCAGCCACCAUGAGAGUAACGCACUUCCCAGUGCUGGAAAAUGCCAUGGAACUGACCGACAGAUUUGUCUUCAAUCUGAAGGAAGGAAUUGACAAUCCAGCCAUGGACAUCGCCGAAGAUGCAGAGAGGGUGUCCGGCCCCUUGCCCCGGGUGUGUGUGCUGAAGAGGGAGGAAGGAGAGAAUUUCGGCUUUCACCUGCGUGUGGAGAGAGGGCGGCCAGGUCACGUGGUCAGACAUGUGGAUACAUUGGGCGUGGCCGAGAGGGCAGGCCUGAGGGACGGGGACCGGCUCCUGGAGGUCAAUGAGCUGUUUGUGGAUGACCUUGGGCAUGUGGAGGUGGCCGGUAAGAUCCAGGUGAGUGGACCUCAGCUGUGUCUGCUGGUGCUGGACGGGGAGGAGUAUGAGCAGGCUGUGGCUCAGGGCCGAGACCUGAGAGAACUGGCCGGUGCCCAGCGGGGGGAGGGUUGGAAGCCCCCUCGUCUCUGCCACAUCACCAGAGACCCAGUGACUGGCCUGGGCUUCAGCAUCUUGCCUGUGGAGGGUGAGAAAGGCAAAUUCACCAUAAGUCCAGUAACUGGAGGGCCUGCAGAGAAGGCCGGAGUGAGAAAAGCAGACCGGCUGAUCUGGAUCAAUGGCGCCAUGGCUUGCGAGCUUACACAUUCUGCUAUAAGCAAGAUGGUGAAGAAGUGCAGCGAUCACAUGACUGUGCUGGUGAUAGACAGCGAAAGUGAGAAGAGUUAUGUCCGCAGGCGGAUGCUCAUUCUGCCCGCUAUGGCCGAUGCACAGAGCAUGCCACACAGGCCCAGGAGACUGCACCUGGAGCAGGGCCCAGACGGCUAUGGCUUCUACCUCAGACAAGAGAAAACCUCAGCAGGACGCUUAGUUCACAUGCUGCGAGAUGUGGAGGCAGGCAGUCCUGCAGAGCUGGCAGGUGUUAAGGAUGGGGAGCUUCUGCUGGAGGUGAACGGAGAGUCCACUGAACAUCUGAGUCAUGAGGAUGUGGUCAGCCUAUUCAGACAGAGUGGACAACAGGUGACAAUCACGACUAUGACUCUCCACGGCCAAGACUUCUACACUAAGCUGGGUUUGUCUCCUCUGCUCUUCACUGAGGAAGAUGCACCUGCCAAAGAGCAGAAAGAAAAGCCUGCAGCAGUGGUGAAGCUGGCAGCGCCCCUCGCUGAAGCUCAGGAGGAACUGCGGGUGGAGGCCAAUGUCAGACUGUGCGUGCUACAGAGAGGCACCGUUGGCUUUGGUUUCCAUUUGGGCUGCAUCCAACAGAAACCUGGCACCUUUCAUCAACCAGGGGGUUCAGCAGAGAGUUCUGGUCUCCUGCAAGGUGAUGUGAUAGUGGAGGUGAAUGGGCAAAAUGUAGAGGAUGAGUGUUUAGAAGAUGUGAUUUUACUCAUGAAGAAAGGAGAAACCUCUCUUUCCUUGCUGGUGGUGGACAGACCAGGUUAUGAAUGGAUGAAAAAGAACGGGAAGCCCAUCACUGCUGAAAAAGUAGUAAAGGCCUCAGAGGUAAAGGAGGAUGUGAGCCCAUCUCCCACACAGCCAACUCUCUAAUCCCUGAGACCAAUGCAAGUCGCUUCCUAAGCCUCUGUGAAAAGCACUGGACUCUGUGCUGAGAAAGCGUCUAACUUCACUGGGGCCAAGUGUAACCAGACAGGGGAUUGAGAUGAGCUCCUUGACAAUGUUGUGGCAAUAAACUCAGUGCUGUUUUUCUGCAAAAGAAUAAGUCUGGGAUGCUCAUGAAUUCUUUUCUAGCUGCUCUGAACUCUGUCUAUGCUUGGCAAAGAGCACAGGCAACACGCAAGUGGAAAACUGUAAUUAUCUAUGCAUCAUUAUGGAAAUCUCAGUUGAAAGAGAACGCCAUUCAAUUCAAUAAAUAUGCAAGAAAGAAGUAAUAAAGAAAGCAAGAAAAAGUUGUGUUACUGUGAAUAAUGUUAUGUAUAAUGAGCAGUUGUAUAUCAUUUCAAUAACGUAGAAGGAUAAAGAUAUGUUUUACUUAAGGGUGUAGUUAGAACUUUUAGAAUGGGGUGGCCAAAUGAGACCCAGAGUUUUUUUAUCAGGGUGGCAUGCUGCUAGGAAAAAAAAAAUAAAAGUGUUUAUUAAAAUGUAUAUUAAAUGAGAUAAAAAGUGAUGCAUUGUUUUUUUUUCUCUCUACAUAACUAAGCCUGUCCAUGAUUUUCAUGUGAGUAAUAUACAAUACAAUUUUUUGCCAAAAAUAAACUAAAAGACAAAACUGU